AUGGCCGAGCAUAGAAUCAACUACGAUCCUCAGUUCAAACCCGUUCAGGGAAUAUACGAGAGCAGGCUGAGACAGUUCAUCGAUGAGGGGGAUUACCGGGACCUGAACCUGCCCAAGCUGUACGAUAAGGAGCGUAUAGAGCUUGACCAGGAUCGUGUGAAAGUUUGGUGGUACCAGGUUAAGUUUGAGCCGGGUUCUUCUCCAGUUUCGCCUGACAAGAGACCACCCUGGAAGAGCAUCAUUGAGGCCGAUAGGAAGGGCAAGCUGGAGUUCAGGGAGGCGUCGAAGGGCCAGCCGUUUGGACCAAGCUGGUCGACAACGUGGUUCAAAAUCGAGUUGAAUGUACCCCAGCAUUGGGCGGACUCUAAGGAGCAAUUGGUGUUCCAAUGGAACUGUGAAAACGAGGGAGUGGUCAUAGAUCCUGAUACUUUGAUCCCGAAGACUGCCUUCUCUGGUGGCGAGAGGACAGAGUACCUCUUGCCAACCAAUGGAUCGAACAAGCAUUUCUUUUACAUCGAAGCUGGGAAUAACGGCAUGUUUGGCUGUGGGAUGGGAUCUGACAUCAACCCUCCAGAUGACAACAGAUACUUCACGCUCAGAACGGCAGAUAUUGUUUGGCCAGAUUGGGAAGCAAGGGCAUUGAGAAUCGACUUCUGGAUGCUCGGCGAUGCAGCCCGGGAGCUGCCAGACGACUCGUGGCAAAAGCACAGAGCUAGGCAUUUGGGCAAUAAGGUAAUGGACAUGUUUGAUCCAAACGAUCGUUCAACGAUCAAGGAGUGUCGUGACUACCUGAAGAAGGAAUAUUUCGAUGCACUCACAGACAGCGAGAAAGUGUACUCCAAAGGAGACUUGACAGUGCUCACCAAUGUGUACGGGAUGGGUAAUUGUCACAUCGACACCGCUUGGUUGUGGCCCUUUGCAGAGACCCGUAGAAAAAUCGUACGGUCUUGGUCAUCUCAAUGUACGUUAAUGGACCAGUAUCCGGAGUAUCAGUUUGUCGCUUCUCAAGCUCAGCAGUUCAAGUGGCUGCUAGAGGAGCAUCCCGAAUUCUUCAAGAAGGUCCUGACACCAAAGGUUCAACAGUCGCAAUUCUUUCCUAUCGGAGGCUCAUGGGUUGAAAAUGACACAAAUAUACCAUCUGGUGAAUCUCUAGCGAGACAGUUUUUCUUUGGUCAGAGGUUCUUCCUGAAGCACUUCGGCUUGAAAUCCACUAUAUUCUGGUUACCUGACACAUUUGGUUAUUCAUCACAGGUACCUCAAAUUUGCCAACUGUCCGGUAUCGAUCGGUUCUUGACUCAAAAGUUGUCCUGGAACAAUAUCAACAGUUUCCCGCACUCGACAUUCAAUUGGUCUGGUAUAGAUGGCUCACAGCUGCUGACACACAUGCCACCGGGAAACACUUAUACUGCUGCUGCCCAUUUCGGUGACGUCUUGCGCACUGCAAAGCAGAACAAAUCUUCAGAGUUCUACGGUUCUGGGCUAAUGCUGUAUGGUAUAGGUGACGGUGGCGGUGGACCAACGGCGGAAAUGCUGGAGAAGAUGAGACGCAUCAGAUCUCUGUACAACCGUAAUGGAAAUAUCAUUCCAAAAUUACAGGUUGGCAGUACGAUAGAUGAGUUUUAUGACGAUAUCUGCUCCAAGACUAAUAAAACUCAGGAUCUGCCAACUUGGUCUGGUGAAUUGUAUUUUGAGUUCCAUAGAGGCACUUACACCAGCCAGGCCCAAACUAAAAGACUAAUGAGAUUGUCCGAAGUAAAGAUCCAUGACCUGGAAUGGCUCGCAACAAAGGCGUCUGUCCUAUUUCCGAAUGACUACAAAUACCCCAUCAAUGAGAUCAACGCUUUGUGGGAAAACAUCUUACUUUGCCAGUUUCACGAUGUCUUGCCAGGAUCCAGUAUCGAAAUGGUCUACAAAUAUGAGGCCGUUCCAAUGUUGAAAGCUGUUGUGGAUAAAUGCGGUGAUUUGAUUGACAAGGCACUUGAAGUCUUAAAAGGUCCAUCGAGCGAUGAAAUAACGGAAGCAAGGACGUGGGUUUGGCCCGGGGUGUCAGAAACGGAAAAUGAGGCCUCUGAAAGUUCAGUUAACAUCCAGGUCCAUGACGAUGAAUUUAUCCUAACAAAUGCAGAGCUGAAGGUCACGAUUGGUAAGAAAAGUGGGACCAUAAAAAGCAUUGUCGACAUCAAAAGUGGAACAGAAUUUCUGGACCUUGAACAUGGGCGGAACAAGUUGGGCGCAAACCAGUUUGUCAUCUUUGAUGACAAGCCACUAUCUUGGCAAGCAUGGGACACAGAGUUAUACUCGGUCAACCAAUACAAAUAUCUGGACAAACCUGAAAGUGUGAAGGUAGUCGAGCAUUCGAAAGCGACUUGUGCCGUGGAGGUUGUCAUUUGCAUCUCAGACCAAUGCAAGUUGAGGUCAAGGAUCUCUUUGAAUGCUGUAAAGCCAGGAACUGAGGGCGAAAGCACAGUUGAUAUCUCGACAAUAGUCGAGAACUGGGAUGCCACAAACAAGUUUUUGAAAGUGGAGUUCCCCGUUAACGUUCGAAAUGAAUUUGCCAGCUAUGAAACGCAAUUUGGUAUAACCAAGAGACCGACCCAUUAUAACACAUCGUGGGAUGUGGCUAAAUUUGAGGUAUGCCACCACAAGUUCGCUGAUUACUCGGAGUUCAACAAGGGCGUUUCAAUUCUGAACAACUGCAAAUAUGGUUUCUCCACGCACGGUAAUCUCAUGCGACUAUCUCUGCUACGCUCUCCUAAGGCCCCCGACGCACAUGCGGACAUGGGUACUCAUGAGAUUAAAUACGCAAUUUAUCCACAUCGUGGCCCGUUGAGCAGCAAAACGAUAAAACUUGGGCUUCAACUAAACUAUCCUGACAAAUAUCCGAUAUCCUCGAAACUUUCCAAGAGGUAUGAGGAUAUCAUCAAGAUCGAAGGAGAUGAUAACGUCAUUUUGUCCAAUCUGAAGAGAGGCGAGGAAGAUCAGCAAUUAAAUUCGGAUUAUGCUCUUAAACCAUGCGAAGAAACAACCAUUGUUGUGAGGGUAUAUGAGGCUCUUGGAGGCGAAUCCAAUGCCACUCUGUUGACAUGCCUACCAAUCAAAAAAGUUGUCAGAAUCGACAACCUUGAGUUGAAAGCUCUCGAAUCCGUGAAAUACGAAGCCGGCAACAAAAUCAAUAAGAUUCCGCUCAAGCUGAGACCAUUCGAAAUAGCUUCAUAUAAGCUAUUCUUCUAG